AUGGGGAUUCUCCUCCUGGGCCUCCCCGGGGGCCAGCCCUACCUGCUCACACCCUCUCAUCUUGCUUGCCUUCCAGCCUGCGCCAUCUCCGGCCUCUUCAACUGCGUCACCAUCCACCCUCUCAACAUCGCGGCAGGGGUGUGGAUGAUCAUGAACGCCUUCAUCCUGCUGCUGUGUGAGGCUCCCUUCUGCUGCCAGUUCGUCGAGUUUGCAAACCUGGUGUCAGAGAAGGUGGACCGGCUGCGCUCCUGGCAGAAAGCGGCCUUCUACUGCGGGAUGGCCAUUGUCCCCAUUGUCAUCAGCCUGACGCUGACCACUCUGCUGGGGAACGCCAUCGCCUUUGCCACCGGAGUGCUGUACGGACUCUCUGCUCUGGGCAAAAAGGGCGAUGCCAUCUCCUACGCCAGGAUCCAGCAGCAGAGGCAGCAGGCGGAUGAGGAGCAGCUCACUGGGACCCUGGAGGGGGAGCUGUGACACGCACCACGUGGUGCCUGCCUGGCGCUGACACCAGGCUCGGUGUCCCACACCGGACUCCUCCUCCCCCAGUGUCCCUGACUGGGCAGCCAGCAGACAUGGGGGCAGUGAGGGGCUGGGCCCCACAGUGGAAACCCCCUCCAACCCUCUCCCCAGCUGGCCUGAAGGGAGCAUGCAGUGCCCUCCAGUGGGGCAGCCCAGCUGGGGACCUGCUGCUGGCCUAGGGAGCACCACGGUGGCCGGCCCACACCUCCCGGAGCCAGCCGCCAGCUCACCAGGCAGAUCAGGCUGGUAACCCUGGUAACCUCUGUUCAUCUGUCGAGGGAGCAGACAGAGGUGGCCGGGCUUCCCCUGGGAGUCCCUUUCCCCACUGCCCUGCUGUCCAUCGGGGUGACAUACGGUUCUCCCACGGUUUGCCUUGCCCCACCAGGAGCAGCCUGGGACGUCCCUGGACUUGGGGGCCCAGUCUGCCUGCUCCCUGCACCGCCUUUGCCUCAGGCCUAGGGUUCUGCAGGGCAAGAGCAGGUUCUCCUGUCUGAGGGAUGGCCAUGCCCCCACCAGGCCUCAGUCGAGGCCAUUGACCGACUCAGGUUACCCCACAAGGUGCUCCUGCUACAGAACCAGGUGGACAUCGCG